AUAAACUCAUACGACCCGUACAAAAUAUGACACAAAAAGUUGGAGUAAGAUUUGGUUUGGCGUUCGUACAGCUAAUCAAUGUCUGAAACCUCAUGCCUAGCAAAAAACGAAUACUAACUCUAAUUAAUAAAUAAGACAAUUGCAUUGCAUUUUUAAAUUAACAAAACUAAAACCUAUAUACUAACAAUUAUGAGAAAUAAUAUUAAAAAAAAAAAAAAAAAAAACAACAAACAUCAACAACAACAAAUGCAAAAAAUAAUGACUUAAACUUCAAACUUCCCACCCGCUCUCUCAAAUAUAUUUCUCUCUGUCUGAAUUCGAUUCCGAUUCGCUUGAAUCGCCAAAAUAUACAUAUACAAAUAUUACGUAUACGGUGCGUACGAUCGAAUCCAUAAAAUUAAAUACAAUCAACCACCAAAACCAACCAACCAACCACCAUCAUCACCAAACAUCUCAAAUAUCUCGAAAAAUAAAAAACCCGAACUGAAACCAAAAUUGAAACCAAGAAUGAGAAAAAUCAAAUUAUGAAAUCAAACGUUUGGCUACGUUUGGUUUGGUACGACUAUCAGCUGCAAUGGGAUGAGGCUGACUACGGCGGCAUCGGGGUGCUCCGUCUGCCCCCGGAUAAGGUUUGGAAGCCGGACAUUGUGCUCUUCAAUAACGCCGAUGGCAAUUACGAGGUGCGCUACAAGUCGAACGUACUCAUCUAUCCCACGGGCGAGGUGCUCUGGGUGCCGCCGGCCAUUUAUCAGAGCUCCUGCACAAUUGAUGUCACCUAUUUUCCGUUCGAUCAGCAGACGUGCAUCAUGAAAUUCGGCUCCUGGACGUUUAAUGGUGAUCAGGUCUCGCUGGCGCUCUACAACAACAAGAACUUUGUCGAUCUGUCCGAUUACUGGAAAUCGGGCACCUGGGAUAUAAUCGAAGUGCCCGCCUAUCUCAACGUAUACGAGGGCGACAGCAAUCAUCCAACCGAAACGGACAUCACCUUUUACAUAAUAAUACGACGCAAAACCCUGUUCUACACGGUCAACUUGAUUUUGCCCACGGUGCUGAUCUCAUUUCUCUGCGUGCUCGUCUUCUAUCUGCCCGCCGAGGCUGGCGAAAAGGUCACGCUGGGCAUUAGCAUUCUGCUGUCACUGGUUGUGUUCCUGUUGCUCGUGUCGAAGAUUCUGCCGCCGACAUCGCUGGUGUUGCCGCUGAUUGCCAAGUAUCUACUCUUUACGUUCAUUAUGAACACGGUCUCCAUUCUGGUCACGGUCAUAAUUAUCAAUUGGAACUUCCGUGGGCCGCGCACACAUCGCAUGCCCAUGUGGAUACGUUCCGUCUUCCUGCACUAUUUGCCCGCCUUUCUGCUGAUGAAGAGGCCGCGCAAGACACGCCUCCGCUGGAUGAUGGAAAUGCCCGGGAUGAGCAUGCCCGCGCAUCCGCAUCCUUCGUACGGCUCGCCAGCCGAGCUGCCCAAGCAUAUCAGCGCAAUCGGCGGCAAGCAAUCCAAAAUGGAGGUCAUGGAGCUGUCGGAUCUGCAUCAUCCCAACUGCAAGAUCAAUCGCAAGGUGAACAGCGGUGCCGAGCUGGGCCUGGGCGACGGCUGCCGUCGCGAAAGCGAAUCCUCCGACUCCAUAUUGCUGUCCCCCGAAGCCAGCAAGGCCACCGAGGCGGUCGAGUUCAUAGCCGAGCAUCUGCGUAACGAAGAUCUCUACAUACAGACUCGCGAGGAUUGGAAGUACGUGGCCAUGGUCAUUGAUCGCCUGCAGCUGUACAUUUUCUUUAUUGUGACCACGGCCGGCACGAUUGGCAUUCUGAUGGAUGCGCCACAUAUCUUCGAGUAUGUCGACCAGGAUCGCAUCAUCGAGAUUUAUCGCGGCAAGUAGAGGAAUUAUCGCUCCAGCCAUUUUGCGGCAACUAAAAGGUUAAACAUUGCAACAUUGCAACAAUAAACGAACGUAAAUAAUACGAAACGAGUUAAGCGGAUUUUUAGAUUUUAAUAACAAUAAUUGGCACCUUCUAGGGCUCGCAGCAAAACAAGUUAAUAACAAAUAAAUUUAAAAAAAAUAUCUCAUUAAACGCUUCACAUUUAGGCAUAGAAUUCAUACAAAACAAAUCAAAAGCAAAUUAAUCAAUUAAAAAGGCAGGCCAUAAAGAAAACUAGUGGAAUUGUGAACAGAUCUUUUAUUUAAUAUAUAAUGUGUGAGUAAUUGACUAAAUAAAUAAUAGAGUUGGUUUAGUUUAAGCGCAAUAAACUCUGAUAACUUGACGGUUUUCUCAGCUUGUUAUGUUAGGCAAUUAAGUAAAGCAAUUUAAGAUUUAAACUAAACACAAUUUGUAAAUGCUUCACGCACAACAAUGAUAAGCAAAGAAAACUUCAAUGGAAAAAUUCAAAACAAAAGCAAACACACACCAAAAACCUGUAGACACAACACCAAUGCAAAGCCAAAAA